AUGCCCACUCACCUUGAUGAAGUUCGCAAGGCUUGGAAAAUUCUCAAUGAGAAUAGUAGCAGCGCUAGCGUGGUGACAUUGGACGGAGAGCCCGAAUCAUUGCAAGUGGCCCAUAUUGUUGCUGUGGCAAGGCUCUCAGUGGAUGCUUCCAUUUUGCAGUCCGAUCCCAUUGUGACGCGUGUUCAGGAAAGCAUUGCUACGCUGAACUUGCAUUUGAAUAAUGGAGAAGUUAUCUACGGGGUCAAUACUGGCUGCGGUGGCAAUGCAAACACACGGACGAGAAAACUGAAUUUGCUCCAAAAAGCAUUCUUACAGCAUCAUCAAUCCGGUAUUCUUAUUUCACUGCCUGAACAUGGAAAUGAUUCGUAUACUAUGCCUCAUGAUGCUAGUCACCACGCCCUGCCAAGAGAGAUUGUGCGAGGUACAAUGCUCCUGCGAUGCAACUCUCUGCUUCGGGGGCAUUCAGCUGUCAGAAUGGAGGUCAUUGAGCUCUUGGCUCAGGCCCUCAAUCUUGGAAUUACUCCACUCAUUCCUCUUCGGGGUAGUAUUUCGGCAUCUGGGGAUUUAUCACCUCUUGCCUAUCUUGGUGGAUUGAUUGAGGGAAGUCCCGACAUCUUCGUGCAGGUGGGACAGGGGUCUCCCAGCAAUGAAAAAACAGGAAAAGAGGUUGAGGUAAUGUCAGCUGCAAAUGCGCUACGUCGAGCCAACAUCACACCUCUGACCCUGAGAGCCAAGGAAGGCCUUGGCAUCAUGAAUGGAACUGCACCGAGUGCCGCGGCUGCGGCGCUCACAUUACAUGAUGUCAACAAUCUCGCUGUUUUGACCCAGGUACUCACCGCAAUGGCAACGGAGGUACUUCUCGGAUCAGUCGACAAUUAUGAUGACUUUAUCUCACAGUGCCGGCCACAUCCGGGGCAGAUAGAAGUGGCCCGGAAUAUCAGCGGGCUCUUGGCUGGAACUAUGUUGGCACAGAGGACGAACGUUCACAGGCAAGGUCUUGCUCAGGAUCGAUACGCUUUGCGUACAGCGCCCCAGUGGCUUGGGCCUGUGAUCGAAGAUCUCCUACUGGCCAACCGGCAGGUCACCAUCGAGUUGAAUUCCACGACUGAUAAUCCACUUAUUGAUGUAGCACAAGAUCUGAUGCUCGGCAGGCUUCUUGUAUCACAGUGCCAGGAGAUCAUCAACCCAAAUCUGAACAAAGGAUUGCCACCUAAUCUGUGCUUCGAUGACCCGAGUAUCUCAUUUACAUGCAAGGGCAUUGACAUCAAUAUGUCGGCCUACUUCUCGGAACUCGCAUUUUUGGGCAAUUCCGUUGUCAGUCAUGUGCAUGUGGCUGAUAUGAACAACCAAUCAGUCAAUUCACUGGCUUUAAUUGCAUGCCGAUACGUCAAGGAAGGUGUUGACAUUGUCACCAUGAUGUGUGCAGCUCAUCUUUACGUUCUCUGCCAAGCACUCGAUCUACGAGCUAUGACUCUGGAAUUCUUUGCCACUGCAAAGGUAGCGCUCCACGAUCUUUACCAAGAACUAUGGUGCGCUGGGGAGAUCCCAGAUUUUGAUACACUAUGGGUCGCUAUCACUGAGUCAUGGGAUGCGCAUAAUGACUCAGACGAGAUUGAAACUCGAUGCGAGAAAGUUGCCGCGGACUCAGCCCAUUGUGCCAUUGAUCAGAUAACAACUUCCGAGUCAUGUUUGCCUUUCAAUUCGUUGAAAGUAUUUCCGAAAUGGAGGGUUGGGGUUGCUUCUCUUUUGAAGAAGGCGCAUGCAGAAACUCGCCACCAAUUUCUCAUUAAGCAAUCGACCCCUGACUAUUUGGCAACGUCCACGAAAGAAAUUUAUCUCUGGGUACGUCAAACCCUGCAUGUCCCACUGCAUCAAGGCCUUGUGGACCAUCCCGGAGAUAGUGAAGAUGCAAAGAACAAUAAAACUAUUGGCACAAGAGUUUCAGUAAUCUACACUGCCAUUCGCGAUGGAAAAUUGAUGGUACCACUGCAGAGAGCAACCGCGGUGAUGACACUUUAG